AUGGAUGAUGGGCUUCGGUCGUCCGCUUUGUACAAACUAAUAUAUAAUGUGGAGAAAAGAGGAGCAAAAACAUGUGCCAAAAACAAUUAUCAAGGCAAUAAUUGUGAAGACAGCGCAGGAAUGAGUGUUUAUGAACACUGCAAUGCCUUUCACAAUUCAGAAAUGAUUUUGGAGAGUGAGUAG